AAAUUCAAAUGGGACACCUUGCAUAUCGAUCGAACGGUGGUGGUCAUAGCGUAACGAAGGGUUGGUGGUCAAACCCUAAACAUCUGUGCCUUUGCUAUAGUAACGCUACGUUUUGUUCUAGAUAUUUAGUAUUAUAGUUAAACGGGACAUGGUCGUGUAAGCUUCUCGUCGAUAAACUUCUUAAACUCGUUAAAGCUAUAGAUAAGAAAUUGGAGAAUUUACGAAAUUGUGUGCCGUCUUUUACGCGCGAAAUUUAAACAUGAAAAUAAUCGAAGGUGGAGUUCAACCGCGAUGAUAUAGGAUGUAAAAAUUUGAAAGAGGAGGCGCGUUCAGAGAUAAGAGAUUCGACGUUAGCGCUAGAUUUGUUGCAACGGGUCAGACUUUCGAACGAUCGAAAGACGCGCGCUUCAAGAAACGUCUCUUUUGUGAUCGUGUCGCCCUCGUGAUAACGACGGCGAGUUCGAGCAAAGUUAGCGACUACAUGCAUAAGUAACUCUCUUUCUCUUCAAGUACUCGUUUUAUUUCUGAGUGUGUACGUGUGUGUGUUGCGUUUGCAAGCGCGCGCGCGCUCGCGCGCUCACUCUCGAUCUCUUUUCGUCUCCUCCGCGCGUAUAUUUAUAAACGUGAAAUGGUGAAAUGGCACGAGCACUCGGCUGCUUGCGAUAUCUUCUAAUCGCCGGUACUGUCGUUCUUGGCAUUUCAGGAGUAGUAACAUCCGCCUUCGCAGGAUUUUUCUUGUAUCAAUUAAACGAAUAUAAACAACUCACUCCUGAAAAUGUUUAUGGUCCAUCCAUCGUUCUCUUGGUUUUGGGUAUCUUCACGUGUGUCAUCGGUUGGUUGUCCUGGCAUUUUUUCGAUUUUACGCAAAAGGGACAAGCGAUAUUGUUUGUUACAAGUUUGGUGAUUAUUUCCCUGUUCGAAAUGAGCGCCGGAAUAUGGGCUCUUGUCAGACAUGAACAAAUAGAUUUUCUUCCGACUGCUCAUCUUAAAACAAUAUUUAUGGAUAAAGAAAAUCAACCUUUAUGGGAGCACAUACAAGCUAAGUUUCUUUGUUGCGGCAUGGACGGACCUAUCGAUUAUCGUGGAAAAAAUUCGGUUCCGUGGUCUUGUUGCGAUAUAUCAUCAUCCCUAAACCCAAACAACGAUAAAUUCACUUGUACUUCUAUGUAUGGCAGAGGGUGCCACCAUGUGAUGAUAAAUCGAACGAAAUCGAUUUUAUUACACGUGUUUCUACUCAGUCUCGGUAAAUUAUUGUUGGAGAUUUUUCUGAUAAUAUGUACAACCUGUUACAUGAAAGCUUUUGUGGAUAGAAUAGAAAGAAGAAGACAGGAUGCAUUGACUCGUAGAAUAUCCUCGCAAGUAGUAUAUCAUCCGGAUAAUAAUAAAAAGCUUUUGGAUCAGCAAUCCUCCGCAUUCAGAACCGACUCCAUUGAAUAAUUUAAUUUAGUUAGAUCGAAUUUAUAUAAGUUCGAUCAUUGAUAAUGAAACAUUCGAGUUGAAUCAUUUAAGAUUUCAUCAACGCGAUCGAUUUUCAACGAUAAGAUAUUAUGAAAAAAGUAUGAUUCAUUACGAGGUGACUACUGAAAUCGAAAAUAAGUCAAGAGACUUCAUUUGUGAAAUAGAACAUAAUUUUUAAGACAUUAGCCAGGCCUCUUAUCAUGUUUAUAUUAUGAAUGAAACUUUUGUUACGUAUUUUAAUUGUUAUAAGAUAAAAUAAUAGAUUAGAGACAAUAAAUUUUUAUUAUAUUUAUAAACGUAUCACGAUAAUGAUAUUCUCGUAAGAAUGAAAUCCUGGAAUAUAACUACACAGAAAUUAUAAUAAAAAAUAAUACUAUAAAGAAAAAAAAAAGGAAAGAUAAAGGACAUCGCUCGUUUCUUCCAACUUCCAUUUAUUUGAUCUAUUUAUUUGAUUAGAAUAUUUAGAAUUAUGUACAUAUAUAUACAUACAUAUUUGAUAACAUGUCUGCGUUGCGUCUGAUUUAAAUUGAAACGAUGUAUUUAUGUCUUACAUCAAGUUGAAAAUGAAAAUUUUAUGACAUGAUUUGCAUAUCAUUGCAUUAGAGAUGACAAAGAAGUGAACAUAGUCAUAUAUCAUUCGUAAUGUCUCUUUGCUCAGGGACGUACGUACGAUCUUAAAAGAUUUCGAUAACACAUGAUAUUAUACAAAUGAUAUUAUUAUUAUUAUUCAAUUUUUACUAAUAUUAAAGUAUCAAGUUAAUUCUACGAAAAAACAUUGAUCGAUCAUAUUUCAUAUCGGCCAUCUUUGCUAUUAUAAUUCUACGUUUUUAUUUUAUCGAUUUAUUUUAUCGAUAUAUUUUUAUUAUAUCGAUAACAAUGAUCGAGGCAAUCGAUUAGACGAUUCUUACGAUAAAAGAAAGGAAAGAAAAAUCAACGAGGAAAAAAAUUUCGUUAUAUUGUGCAUUAAAAUUGUGUGAAUUUUUAGGAUAAGACAGGAAAUAACAAAAGUUUCAGAUAAUUCGAUUCGCGUCAUGAGACGAAUGGGCAACGGUGUGAGUCAUGUAUGAAGAUAGAGAAAGAAAGAAAGACAGAGAAAGAGAGAGGAGAGAGAGAGAGAGAGAGAGAACGAUACAACAAAGAACGAGGGAGGGGGAGAGGUUUGGAGAGGGGAAAAAGAGAGAGAGAGAUUGGAUGAAGGACGAGGUGGGGAUAGCUGGUACGUAAACGUUCACAAAAAGACUGAAGAAUAGCGGCAACGGUGCUUCAGUCGAGUUUCUAUCGUCGUGUUUGAUACAUCUUACUGCGCGUCUCGCGCGACCCGGAAUAACCUGUUGAACGUAGUUUCUUAUUCGCGUAAACACUUCCAGUGGUGAGUUAUUCUCGUUCCUUAAAUUUAGAAGAGAAGAAAGAAAAAAGAAUUUCAAGAUGAGCUGUGGACUGGGAUUAAUAAAAUACCUUCUCUUCAUAUUUAACUUUAUUUUCUCG